GGAGACGCAGGGCAGUCAGGGAGGGGACGACGAAAGCAAGCAGAAAGGUUUCGUUUGCGAAGUGUACACCGUCAGCUGUUUGACUUCUCCAUUAUCGGGUUACGCGGAGUUGUUUUAGCUUCAUGUGAAGUUAUUUUUUUUUAGUUCCUGGUUUUAUUUAUAUUGGAGCUGUUGAACUGAUUUUCUUUGUGGGGGGGAACCUUUUCGUGGCUAAUUUCCACACGGAACACUGUCCUACCGGGACCGUAAAUACACUGUCGUAGCAGUUUCUCCGCGCUGAGAGAAGAGGGAGAAAAUGACGAUGAUGAUUCAGUAGGUGAUAUCACAUGUUCAAUGACACGAAGCGGCACUUUCACUCGACGUGGACUCGGGGGGCUUUAAGUUUGCUGGUUCCGGCGUCGAAGCGUGAAUACAUCGGGAAAUGGAGUCGUGUCGGCGGACGGGACUCAGCGGGGUCUUGUGCUCCCUGUCACUGCUGUGUGUCAUCCUGGACAUCCAGCUGGACGGUGUCUUAGGGGCUACCCAUGUGGAGAUCGAGCACCACUUGGAGAUGGGCCGCAAGCUCCUGGCGGCCGGUCAGCUGGCUGAAGCCUUGUCCCACUACCACUCUGCUGUGGAGGGAGACUCUAAGAAUUAUCUGACCUACUACAAGAGAGCUGCAGUGUUCCUGGCCAUGGGGAAAUCCAAAUCUGCUCUUCCAGAUCUGACCAGGGCCAUCCAGCUAAAGCCCGACUUCCUGGCUGCCCGGUUACAGAGAGGGAACAUCCUGUUGAAGCAGGGAAACACGCAAGAGGCGAAAGACGACUUUGAAGCGGUGCUGCAGCGCUCUCCAGACCACGAAGAAGCUCACGACCAGCUGAUGAAGGCGAACGAGCUGGAGGAGCUGCAGGAGGACGCCCACGCUGCCUACCACCAAGGAGACUACAGCACCACCAUCAACGUGUUGGAGAGAGUCAUAGAGAUCUCUCCCUGGGACCCUGAGUCACGGGAGCUCCGCGCAGAAUGCUACAUCCGGAUGGGGGACCCGCAGAAAGCCAUCCAGGACCUCACGCCGACGACGAGGCUACGCAACGACAACCGCGCCGCCUUCCUGAAGCUCAGCAUGCUGCACUACAGCCUCGGGGAGCACCACGAGUCCCUCAAUCACAUCAGGGAGUGUCUGAAGCUCGACCAGGACGACAAAGAGUGUUUCACCCACUACAAGCAGGUGAAGAAGCUCAGCAAACAGCUCGACUCCGCAGAAGAGCUAAUUCAGGAGGAGAGGUAUCAGGAAGCCAUUGAAAAGUAUGAGUCGGCGAUGAAGACGGAGCCUAAUGUCCCGUUCUACACCAACCUGGCCAAAGAGAGGAUCUGCUUCUGUCUUGUCAAGAACAAGUUGGCCACCGAGGCGAUAGACGUGUGUUCAGAGGCCCACCAGAGAGACCCCCGCAACACCAACAUCCUCCGAGACCGAGCAGAAGCCCACAUCCUCAACCAGGACUACGAGAAAGCGGUGGAGGACUACCAGGAGGCCAGGGAGUUUGACGGCGACAGCAACGAAAUCAGAGAAGGGCUGGAACGUGCACAGAAGCUGCUCAAAAUCUCCCGUAAGAGGGACUACUACAAGAUCCUCGGUGUCAACAGGAGUGCCAACAAGCAGGAGAUCAUCAAGGCCUACAGAAAGCUGGCUCAGCAGUGGCACCCCGACAACUUCCAGUCCGAGGCCGAGAAGAAGGAAGCUGAAAAGAAGUUUAUCGACAUCGCGUCAGCUAAAGAAGUCCUCACCGACCCAGAAAUGAGACAGAAGUUUGACGCCGGCGACGAUCCCCUGGACCCCGAAAACCAGCAGGGCGGCGGCGGCGGAGGAGGACAGCAGGGCUGGCCGUUCCACUUCAACCCCUUCGAGUCCGGCGGCAGCUUCCACUUCAAGUUCCAGUACAACUAGACCGCCGGCCCUCACGGACACACGGGGGCGGGGGCACUUUCACACGGGUGGGCC